AACACACACACACACGCGCUCAGUCAGUCAGUCCCGCGGCUCCCACUCUCGCCCUCCUGCCUCCGAAAGGAAGAUGGUACCGUGCACCGCGCGUCCUUUACGCGGACCCAAGUCGUCACUAGCCGACCCGCUGCGGGAGUUUUAAACGCACCAUGCCGAGCUACGCCAGGUUCCUGCUCCUACUUUGGUGCCUGAUCCUCGUCGCGGAGUGCCGGAGACAAAAAAGUAGGAAAAAGCGAUUCUCGGCGCCGGCGGAGAUUCACAAACAGGGCAAGAUGAACUCCGACGUCUCUCUGUCCGACCAUCUGCCCGUCGUCAGUCCUCUGUCGAAGAAGGUUGCGGAUGGAACCAAAUCCCGAAAGGUGAAGACCAGCCACCUCCUGCGCAUCGACGACCACGACUUCACCAUGAGGCCCGCCUUCGCAGGUCCUGCUGUCCCAGUCGGAGUGGAUGUUCAGGUGGAGAGCUUGGACAGCAUAUCAGAGGUCGACAUGGACUUCACCAUGACCCUGUAUCUGAGGCACUACUGGAAGGACGAGAGGCUGGCCUUCCCCAGCUCCACCAACAAGAGCAUGACCUUCGACGGGCGGCUGGUGAAGAAGAUCUGGGUGCCUGACGUGUUUUUCGUCCACUCCAAGAGGUCGUUCAUCCACGACACCACCACCGACAACAUCAUGCUGCGGGUCUUCCCCGACGGUCACGUCCUGUACAGCCUGCGGGUUACAGUCACCGCUGCGUGCAACAUGGAUUUCAGCCGCUUCCCUCUGGACUCGCAGACAUGCACGCUGGAGUUGGAGAGCUAUGCCUACACGGACGAGGACCUGAUGCUGUACUGGAAGAGCGGCGAUGAGUCUCUGAGCACUGACGACAGGAUUUCUCUGUCGCAGUUCCUCAUCCAGAAGUUUCACACUACCUCUCGCCUGGCUUUCUACAGCAGCACAGGUUGGUACAACCGUCUGUACAUCAACUUCACUCUGCGGCGGCACAUCUUCUUUUUCCUGCUGCAGACUUACUUCCCUGCCACUCUGAUGGUCAUGCUGUCCUGGGUGUCCUUCUGGAUCGACCGCAGGGCCGUCCCCGCCCGAGUCUCAUUAGGUAUAACCACGGUGCUCACCAUGUCCACCAUCAUCACUGGAGUCAAUGCCUCCAUGCCCAGGGUCUCCUACAUCAAAGCUGUGGACAUUUACCUCUGGGUCAGCUUUGUCUUCGUCUUCCUGUCUGUGCUAGAAUAUGCUGCCGUCAACUACCUGACGACAGUGAGGGACGGUAAAGACCGGAAGCUCAGAGAAAAAGCCAGGGAACAGUCCCAGAACCUCCCCUGCACCUGUGGCAUGUCCCAUGCCAGGACCAUGAUGCUGGAUGGUACAUACAGCGAAGCAGACACCAACAGCUUGGCAGGGUACACCAGAGGGUCUAUGAUGGCUGAGGAUGCAUCGGAAAAACAGGAACGAAUGGUUGUCCAUCUCUCCCUGGACAACGAGUCCACAGGGACCAAGAAAAAGGGCAUCCGUGGUUUCAGGAUAAUCCAGAACACCCACGCCAUUGACACCUACUCUCGCAUGAUUUUCCCUGGUUCCUACAUCCUGUUUAACCUAAUCUACUGGUGUGCGUACUGCUGAAUGUGUGGGUUUGAGCCUAACCAGGCAGUGAAAGAAAAAAACUGCAAAACUAUUUUAUUGACAUUGGAAAAGAGAGUUUUUCCCAUACUGCAUGUUCAGGUGGAGGAACAAGUUUGGCAAGAUGGCUGAAAGAAAUCACAGGCUUCUGGGUAUGACUUUUCACCAACUCUGGCUCACGUUGCCUCUGAACUGGACCACUAACAUAGUUUCUCCUCCUUUACCCAAUUGUACCUCAAGCUCAUAGGUACCCCAAACUUAUUUCAACAACCUGGUCGGGCUAGUUUCACAAGUUUCACUCACAGACUAGUCUAAAGCCACUGUACAUUUACAAAAAUAAUAAUCUUAAUUUUAAGAUUGAAAAGGAAGCCACCAUAACCUAGGACUAUGGUAACAAUGUUAUCGUCAUUGAUCAUGAAUUAAGUUGCUGGCAGUACAACCCAUCAUAUGAGUUUUCACUCAAAUCUUUUCUCCGUUUGGGUCUCCACCAACUCCUAAGAAAAAUAGUUGGCUCUUUGAUGGCGUACAGCUGCUUUAUCAAAGGUUUUUGCUAAGAACAUGGUUUAGUAGAGAUAGCCAGAUGACCUAAUCGAUCAGCUAAAAGAGGCUAAAGCUCUGUAGUGUGCUGGGAAACUGAAGAGGCACUUAUUCUCUGCGGGCCUGUCACUAUAGUGACAGCUUUUACAUUGCGCAUAGUCAUACCCAUGGUUGCUAAAGAAAAUGUUGAUUGGCAGAGCAGAUUGUCAAGACAGCUUGGCCAAACUGAAGGACCUUAAUGUCUAUCUGAAGCUGGAAUAUUAGAUCUGGGCCAACAUGAAAUUCUGUCCUUGUGCAGCCAGCCCCUGCUUAGACUUCCCUAAACAAUACCCUCGGCUCUGCAGUUCUCUAUUUUGCCCAGUCUAACUGUCAAAAUAGUGAGAGCAUAUAAUUUGGCGGCUAUUGUCUCUGUAACCUUUGGAACUGACUGAGUCACAUAACUGAACAUCUAAUGAGGCAGUAAGUGAGCCAAACACCAGGCGUUCUUCCCUCACCAGCGCUCCGACUAUGGUGACAGCAUUUCAGUUCAGCUAACAGUCAAUGCUGCUUCCCUGUAUCACUCACUGACUACCCUUGACAUUCUCCAGACUACAGCAGCCGAUAAAGCCAGGACCAUAGAGGAUGCUACUAUUAUGCGACCAUAUGUCACUUUUGAUGAGUUAAGUGCUUAUUUAUUUAUGCAUUUGUGGGCUUCUCUAUUUACUGACUUACUUUUAUUUAAUAUUUAUUUAUUUAUUAAUUUUUAGUGCAUCAAUAGAUCCAUGUGCCAUUAUACCUUAAGUUGGCAAAGAUGCACGAAACAGGGGUUGUGGAGAACUGCUUGAUGCAUGCUGCAAGACGUGCAAUACCAUAUCUUUUGAAUUGCAUAUUUCCUCGAAAGGACUCUACCAGUGAUGUAACCAACUUAAACCGCCUUAAGUGCACAUUUUUUUAUACAUCAACAUGGUUCUAAUCGCUGAAUUUUUUUCCCCCUUCAUUUGUUUGUUUGAGUACCACGAGUGACUGCAUAGAUUUUGUUGAGGUGUUCUGAGAGUAUUCAACUCAGUUUAGCAUUUUUUUUUUUGACGGGGGGUAAAUAGGCUUUAGGCUUGCCGCAGUAAUGUGUGCAACAUUUUCAUUCAACAAUUCUGGUUUACUAUGAGCAAAUGGUUAUUCUAAAAAAAAAAACCAUUUCGAAAAUAUCCACUUUUCAAUGAAUAGUUUUUACAUGUUGAGAAAUUAUCUUCCUACCUUUUAUCUUCCGUAGCCUAUUGUGAACAUGUGUGUAGGCUCUAAUGUCAGGCCAUAGGCUAGCGUGUGCUCCAAAAUGUGACUACAGAAGGACUCCCAUUAACCUCUUAUACCACCAAGUAUAAAUCUACCUUUAAAUUAAUUUAAUUCCUGUGCAUUUUUUUUUGAAAGAUCUGAUUAGCUUAGCCUAGCACAAAGACAGGAAACAGCACCAUGCGGCAGUUGGCGUUUUUUUUUUCUCGCUAUAAUGAACAUUGUUACAUUGAUCAAAGAAAUCAAUUUGAUAAUUGUUGUUUCUGUUUAUGGACUUUCGACAACCUGUACAGCAGCAUACAUUUAUUUGGCACUUAUUGCUAGUUUUUAUGUUGUGCAGCACACUACAUAGCUGGCUAGCUAGGCGGGUCCCCAUCCUCAUUUGACCUUCUGUCAUUUGAUUGGUCAAAUAUUUCUCGAACCAGGGGAGGGCGCCAACAGUGCACACAGUCCUAGACUUUGGAUUUAGCGACUUAGUGUCGAUCUUUUCCUGUCACUCUCUGCAAAAGCUUGCAUUUGCCCCCUAUAAGUGAAAACUGCUUUUUCAAUGCAAAGGUCUCAAUCUACAUGUUGACGUAUUCAGCGGCUGCCGUUGUCCUUUAGCUUCAAAGCAUUUCAUUUUUCUUAAAGGUGCAUAUCAUUUGGAACUCCCAAAACAGAUUAUCUCUCAGCGCAAAAACUCAAAACAAGAAAGACGAGCACGCUUGCGGAUCCAUCAGCUUCCAAACCGACAUCACUUCUACCUUCGUUUUCGGAAAAUGUUCAGAAUGUAAUGCUUUCAGAGCAAAUUUCAUAAAAUAAAGUAUUUCUUUCACGCAUUCAAA